AUGAGUGGACGGGUCAGGACCGCACCGAGUGGGAGCGCCAUUGAUCUGGAUCCGGUUAUCCUGCCACCAGAUCACGCGUACACUCGACUCAUGCUCCAACACCUCCACGAUAUCUGUGGUCACCAAGGACAGGCUCAGGUAGCCAGCGAGAUCCGCCGACAGUACUGGAUACCGGGACUACGUACUGCGGUGCGGCGCACAUGGUCCGUUUGCCAACGCUGUAAGAAUGAUCGCUCCAAGCCGAUACCUCCGCAGAUGGGCAACUUGCCCGAGGGGAGAACAGCUGCUUUCGUCCGCCCGUUUACGCACUGUGGUUUGGAUUACUUCGGGCCUCUGCAAGUGACAGUUGGCAGGAGACGUGAGAAGCGGUAUGGUGCUAUCUUUACAUGUCUCACCACGCGAGCAGUUCAUCUUGAGAUCGCUCAUAACCUAACGACCGACAGCGCUAUCAUGGCGAUCCGAAGAAUGGCCAGUCGACGAGGCUACCCGGGAGUCCUGUACUCUGACAAUGGCACCAAUUUCCAUGGCGCCGAGAGAGAGAUGCAUGAGGCCUUGCAAGACCUUGACCGGGAGAAGAUUACGGGAUUCCUGACGCCGAAGGGAGUGGAGUGGCGUUUCAACCCGCCAGCAAGUCCGCACAUGGGUGGAGCCUGGGAGCGACUCGUUUGCUCUGUGAAAACCGCCCUGAGUGCAGUGUUACACGAGAGGUCUCCUAAAGAGGAAGUCUUAACGACCCUGUUCGCUGAAGUCGAAGCAACCCUGAACAGCCGCCCGUUAACUCAUGUAUCAUGCGACCCAAAGUACGAGGACAGCCUGACCCCGAACCAUUUUCUGCUUGGGACACCAGCUCAGACGCACCCACCAGGACUCUUCACGGAAGAUGACCUCUGUCUCAGGAAGCAGUGGCGCAUAGCACAGACCCUCGCAGCCCACUUUUGGCGACGCUGGCUAAAAGAAUACCUGCCCUGCCUCCAAAGGAGGACGAAAUGGCAUGGUGCCGAUCCAAGACCUGUGAAGCCUGACGACAUUGUUGUGAUCGCCGAUGGAAGCCUGCCGAGAGGCACUUGGCCGAAGGGACGUGUUACUGCUGUCUAUCCCGGCCCAGACGGACGAGUGCGAGUAGCAGAUGUGCAGACGCAGACCGGCACCCUCCGACGACCUGUCAGUAAGAUCUGCGUCCUGGAUGUCCGACGAUAG